AAAUUAAUUAAAAAUCUUUAAAAUGUAUCAUUUUCUUUAGAAUCCUUAUUUUUCCGGUUUCCAAAAUAUUACUUCAACCGAUCAUUUACUAGUUGUUUCUCGUUGUUCUGAUAAAUUGUUUUUGAAUCAUGAUCUAAAUAUAAUCUGGUCUUUAUCCAUCAAAAAGUGAUUUGAAUAUUUCUCAAGCCAAUUGCUGUUAUAUUUUAAAAAACCUUUGGAAAUCAAAUUCGUCCCAAUUUAAUCACUUCUGUUUUCAAUUACAAUUUCAUAUUGGAAAAGUGGCCGCUUCUGUAUCUAACCCGAUUAGGUUACUAGGAGAAAGCAAUUUAACGUUGUUGGACGAUAAGUGGAUGGAAUUUGUGUUUAUUUAUCGAGAAGUCACAGUUAAAAGUCAACACACAAAGGGUCCUCCUUGAAACCAUCCACAACCGAAAGAUAGGGCAAAUUCAACAAUUUAUGCUGAAAAUUGGAUACAGGAUGGGAUCAAAGUAUUGUAUAAAAACAAUUGCCAUCAAAUGGUAAAAUAAACCAAUGACCCAAACAUACAGUUUACAUUGCUAAUCAUAAAACAAAGUAGGGAAAAGGUGAAAACGUAAAUAUUGAUUUCAAGCGAGAAAGGAGCAAAAAAAGGAAAAGUGGAAACAAUUAGCUAAUAAAGUUGUCAAAAUUUAGCCUGAAAAAAGGAUGUAAACUAUCAAAAAAGUGAACAAUCUAUAUAAAGACAUAAUUGACAUUCAGCAAUUUUAAUUUAUGUAAGAAAAGACCUAAAUCAAGGCGAUUCAUUGAGGAAUCAAGAAAUGCGAAAGUAAACAAUAGGAAAAUUUUCCCCAAUUUGGGUAACAAUAAGACCAAUAAGAUGAUCAAAAUGGAUCAGGAUUAUGCAGUCAAAAAUUCAUGCUCAGUGGGCAUUCAUCAUGCUGAAAUAUUUUCUGGUCCAAUGAGAAGCAGGAAGAAAAGGCCGAUUCAAAUGGAAAUUUAAAUUCAAGAAAAAAGCCAAAAAAAAGGAAAAUGAUUUCAAAUGAAAGUUGCUCUGAAAAGUGGAGGCAAAACCAACAACAGGCAAAUGAUGAUGGCGCUGAUGAUGAUUAAGAUGAAGAUGAAAAAGAAGGAGCCAGCAAAGGAAGAGAAAGAAGGAGGAAAAAUGAGUGGCCUGAUGAUGUUAACCCCGUAACAAACUGGCCGAUUAUCACGACCCGUUAUUCUGGUUGUGAUGUUAAUAUGUUGGAUGAAUAUUUUGUUAGCCACCAUUUAACCCGGCAAACGAUUUCUUAAACCCCUUUUACCUUCCCAUUCACUUUGCCCUUUACUCUAUAUAUUAUUCCAUUCCCACUAAGCCUGGUGUGUAAAACUGCAUGUUAUCAUCAUUUCUCAUCCUCAUCAACUUGUUCAUUCAACAAUUUCAUCUUACCAUCAACUCAUCUUGAUCAUUCCAAUUCGACCGAUCCUUUUUCAAGAAAAACAUUUACAUUCAAACCAUUCAAGGGCAUUUUAUCUGCAUCAUUCCAGUUAACUUUCAACUCAACCAUUCCGUUUAAUUCACUCAAGCUCUGGAUUUAAUUUGCCUCUGGGUUUAUCAUCUUCCACUUGCCGCAAAGCCAUCUUACUAACCUGAAGAGCUAAAAGCAUAUUAAAUGUAUCAACAUCAUCUGCCUCAUCAACAAGAGUAACAAAUUUCAUCAGUGCUUUCAAUUGACCUUAAAACUGUUAUUUUUUAAUAUUAACUUAUUUUUGUGUUCAAAUUAUUUCGCCAUUUCGUUCAUUAACCCACUCUGGCCAUUAUUUUAUAACCACAAUUUACUGACAACACAAUUAGACAUGUUGUACAAUUGCCUUAACAUUGGAUUAUCAUCAGCUUUACCCUAAACCAAAAUUAAAUGGAAUCUCAUGGAAAGUGUGGAUUGAAUCAAAUCAAUUCUGUAAAGACAAAUGAGAUAAAUUGUGAUUUGUUUUGGAAUUGAAAUCUUUAAAGUUGAUUAUUGUAAAUCUUUUUUUUAAUGCUUUUUUAUGAGUUUUUUGCCUUUAAUAGUUUGUGUCUGUUGAUGUUAAUGGUUAACUUGGUUAGCAUUGUGAUCAAUUCACGAUCAACCUAAAAAAGCAAUUGUGAUUACUCCAUAAUUGACAAAAUUCGUGAAAAUACAGUUCCUCAAUUUGUCCAUAUCAACAUCAUUAGAUGAUCAUUCAUAGUCACCUCUAACCAUCAUCUUAUCAUCUCUCUUCAUCUCCAUCCAUCUCAAUAAUUCACCAUUUAAUUGUUAUUUAAAAUAAGAUAUCAAAAUGUUUGCCAAAGCAAGUGUUGCCCUUUUCCCAGCUCUUAUCCCACUCUUAUCAUUCUGGAUUGCCAGGAGAAGUGACCAAGUAUUCCGAGUAACUCGAGACUCAUGGGAGAAGGAAUAUGAUUAUAUAAUUGUUGGCGCUGGAUCAGCUGGAUCAGUGCUGGCAAAUCGUCUUUCAGAGGAUCCGAGAGUUAAGGUGUUGCUUCUCGAAGCUGGUGGGAGUGAAAACAUAAUCAGUGAUAUACCAAUUGCUUACCAGAUGCUUCAACAUACACCUAUGGAUUGGAGCUACUUAACAGAGCCUCAAGAGUCUUCUUGCUUCGGCCUUAAAGAUAAGAGAAGUCGUUGGCCUCGAGGUCGAGUAUUAGGUGGUUCAAGUGUAAUUAAUGUAAUGCUGUAUGUUCGUGGUAACCGACUUGAUUACGAGCAAUGGGUUAGGAAUGGCGCAGUAGGCUGGAGCUGGGAAGAAGUAUUUCCAUAUUUUCUUAAAGCCGAAGACAAUAGAGAUGCAAAUAUAGCUUACAAUGGUUAUCAUGGCCGAGGUGGACCAUUGACAGUUCAAUCAAGUCCAUAUCUAAGUCCAUUAGGCGCUGCUUGGCCCGCAGCUGGACACAUUUUGGGUUACAAGUUUGUCGAUGUUAACGGACCUUCCCAAACAGGUUUUACAAUACCUCAAGGCACCAUAAGGAGAGGCGCUCGAUGUAGUACCGCUAAGGCCUAUUUACUUCCUGCCAAAAAUCGUCCAAAUCUCCAUGUGAUUGCAUUUGCUUAUGUUACAAGAAUAAUUUUCAAUGAAAUUAAACGAGCAGUUGCUGUCCAAUUUGAUCGAUUUUCACUCUCCUAUUUGGUUUACGCUCGACGAGAAAUAAUCGUUUCUGGUGGAUCAAUUAACUCACCUCAAUUGUUGAUGAUCUCUGGAAUUGGUCCAGCUCAACAUCUGAAAGAUCACGGAAUACCAAUAAUUGCAGACUUACCUGUUGGUGAGAAUCUUCAAGAUCAUAUUUAUCCUGGUGGAAUGACUUUCUCUAUUAACGCUAAAGUCAGCUUAUCUCAAGAUCGCGUUUUCAAUGCAGCCAAUUUGGGAAAAUAUUUUACUAAAGGAACAGGCCCAUUAACAUCACUUGGUGGGGUUGAGGGAUUAGCUUUCAUAAAGACUGGACGUGCUAAUCAAUCUAUUGAUUGGCCUGACAUUGAGAUGCACUUUGUUACUGGAAAUGUUGUUGCCGAUGGUGGCAAAGGUUUAAUUGGAUUGACAGGAUUAAGUCCAGAUAUUUGGAAUCGAGUGUUCCUUCCAUAUUCACCAUUAGAUACUUUCACAAUUGACCCAGUCUUAUUGAGGCCCAAAAGUCGUGGAUAUAUUCGUCUAAGAUCGGCCAAUCCCUAUGAUCAUCCAAUCAUUGAUCCAAAAUAUUUGUCCGAUCCUGAUGAUGUUUUAACAAUUGUUGAAGCCAUGAAGAUAGCUUUAGCCAUCGGUUUAUCGCCACCAAUGAAAGCUUUUGGUGCUAAGUUGAUUGAAACUGUUUUCCCUGGUUGUGAGUAUUACGUUUACCUGUCCGAUGAAUAUUUAGCUUGUGUGGCUCGAGUUUUUACCUCAACAAUCUAUCAUCCAGUCGGAACAUGUAAAAUGGGUUCACCCUGGGAUCCAACAGCCGUUGUUGAUUCAGAGUUGAAAGUAAUGGGUGGUGUAACUGGUUUAAGAGUCAUCGAUGCCUCAGUUAUGCCAACAAUUAUCUCUGGAAAUACAAAUGCUCCAACAAUUAUGAUUGCCGAACGAGGAGCCGAUUUAAUUAAAGGACAAUUGUUACCUCCCUUACCGAGUCCAAUUAUACCUCAAUAUCCGAUUUUGGGUCGCUAAUUGAUUACUACUAUUUUCCUAAUUUAAUUUUAUUUUAAUCUGCUUACCAAAUUGGAUUAGAAGCGUAAAUGCCAACAUUUUUAGUGUUGAACACUGAAAAUUGAAUCAUCUUCAUAAUCACUGUCAUCCACAUCUUCAUCAUCAUCUUCACUCGUUUUUUGUUUAAUCGCCUCCAUUAAGAUGCAAUCUAAUUGUUCUUUGAAUUGUUUUGGUCUUUUGUUUUAUUCACUUUUUCUUGUUUUCCUUUGGUUGACUUUUGAUUACCAUUAUUUUAUUGCUGUUUUGUUUUGAAAUGUGCGUUUUUACCUGGUGCCAUUUAAAGUACAAUUAUGACCUGAUUUCAUAAAGAUUAACGCUUUUUUUACUCUUUAUUUUAGCUUUUAGUAUUUAAAACAUUAAAAGAUUUAACUAGUCAGUGACAAAGUUUUAAGCAAAGGGAAUUCAGGUUGACCCAUGUUUACAAUUAGAUUGCAUAUUUGUUCAUUUGUUUAGGGUCCAGAAUGUGUUAACAUCAUUAUAGUAUGAGAUUAAAAAAUAAUCAUUUUGUUUGACAAGUUAAUUUGAUGACAUAAAUAAUCUUAUACUGUAAACAACUGAAUAAACAUUUGAACAUUAUUGAAUAAUA